AUGUUCGGCAUCUUAAUCACUCUGGCAGUCGGCAUUAGUGCUUCAGCUGAGCGCGACGGUUGCACCCUUGGCGACUUCAUCUGUCAAAUGUUCACUGGCUACAGCAGUGCUAUCUGCGAUCACCCAAAUGGUGUUUGCUCGUCUCCUGAGGGUCCCUCAUUGACGCCCUGUGCAUGUGAGAACUGGUCUAUUGGGACCCUGCCGCCAAGUAGCCCAACUACUACUGUCGCUCCUACGGCUCCGAUCGCACCUUCGAGUACCACCGCUGAAGUAACGGUGGCGGAGACAACUACUCAGGAAGUCAUCAACGGCCAAACAACGCAGGCCAUCACACCCACAACGGCUGAGGAGGCCGUCAGUGGCACUACGACUGAGGAGGCUGUCAGUGGUACUACGACGACUGAGGAGGCCGUCAGUGGCACAACGACGACUGAGGAGGCCGUCAGUGGUACCACGACUGAGGAGGCCGUCAGUGGCACUACGACGACUGAGGAGGCCGUCAGUGGAACUACGACUGAGGAGGCCGUCAGUGGCACUACAACGGCUGAGGAGGCCGUCAGUGGCACUACGACUGAGGAGGCCGUCAGUGGCACUACGACUGAGGAGGCCGUCAGUGGCACUACGACUGAGGAGGCCGUCAGUGGCACUACGACGACUGAGGAGUCCGUCAGUGGCACUACGACGACUGAGGAGGCCGUCAGUGGCACUACGACGACUGAGGAGGCCGUCAGUGGGACUACGACGACUGAGGAGUCCGUCAUUGGUACUACGACUGAGGAGGCCGUCAGUGGCACUACGACGACUGAGGAGGCCGUCAGUGGCACUACGACUGAGGGGGCCGUCAGUGGUACUACGACGACUGAGGAGGCCGUCAGUGGCACUACGACUGAGGGGGCCGUCAGUGGUACUACGACUGAGGAGUCCGUCAGUGGCACUACGACUGUCGAGUCUGUCGAGACUACUGAGGCGGUCGUGGGCACAACUGAUGCGGCCAAUUCAGCCGAGACAACUACCACAAUACCUGCCGCUGAGGGCGAUAGUGUAGAUGAUGAAGGUGACAUGCCUUACUGUGAUAACUACUGUAUCGGCUUGAACAGUGGCAAGUCGUAUUGUAAGUCGUGGCUGUCUGUGCCCGUCUGCCAUGGUGGUGACCAAUCAUGCGAUACUUCUGUUUGUAUCCCGGACGAUACCCACUCCGUGGAAAGCUCCACUUGUGAUACGUACUGCGUCAAGCAAAACCCCGACCUUGCCGAGGAUGAGGUGUCCUACUGCAAGUGGUGGUUGGGUACUCCUACUUGCUUUAGUGGAGACCAGCCUUGCCCCCCAAGUGUAUGUGGUGCCGGCACUCCUGAUUAUUAA